AUGAGCAAAGCUGCCGGCUCAACAAGUGGUUGUUUGGAUAUUCUCAAUGUCAAGUCAAGUCGCAUCCUGGACAUCCCGUGCAAAGUGUGCGGAGACCGCAGCUCGGGCAAGCACUACGGCGUCUACGCCUGUGACGGCUGCUCCGGCUUCUUCAAGAGGAGCAUUCGUCGAAACAGAACCUACGUGUGCAAGUCUGGCUCUCAGGGUGGGUGUCCUGUGGAUAAAACUCAUAGAAACCAAUGCCGAGCAUGCCGCUUGAAAAAGUGCCUGGAAGUCAACAUGAAUAAAGAUGCCGUCCAACACGAGAGAGGACCCCGAACAUCCACUAUCCGAAAACAGGUGGCCUUAUACUUCCGAGGUCAUAAAGAUGUGAACGGGUCAUCAACACAUUUCCCAGGAUCCUCUCUGCCGGGCCCCCCUUUUUUCACUACUGUCACACAACUGGAGCCUCACAAUUUAGACAUGAGUACAGUGGCCAGCACGCCUGAGAGGCAGGCUAUCGUGGGACUGGCUCAGCCCACCCCAAAGUACCCUCACGAAGUCAGCGCCACCCCCAUGUACCUGUACGAGGUGGCCACCGAAUCGGUGUGUGAGUCAGCGGCCCGCCUUCUCUUCAUGAGUAUUAAGUGGGCCAAAAGUGUGCCCGCCUUCUCCACGCUCCCCUUAUCUGACCAGUUGAUUCUGUUGGAGGACGCUUGGAGGGAAUUAUUUGUCCUGGGAAUCGCACAGUGGGCAAUCCCAGUGGACUCUACGACUCUACUAGCCGUUUCUGGGAUGAACACCGAAAACACUGAAUCCCAGCGGAUGAACAAGAUCAUGUCCGAAAUACAAGCACUCCAAGAGGUAGUCACCAGGUUCCGACAGAUGAGGCUGGACGCCACAGAAUUCGCCUGUUUGAAAUGUAUCGUGACGUUUAAAGCUGUCCCUACGCAGGGCGGUGCAGAAUUGAGAAAUUUCCGGAACGCCAGCGCCAUUGCCGCGCUACAGGAUGAAGCACAGCUCACGUUAAACAGCUACAUCCACACCAGGUACCCAACUCAACCAUGUCGUUUUGGCAAAUUGCUGCUGCUCCUGCCGUCUCUGCGUUCGGUCGGCCCUUCUACCAUCGAGGAAGUCUUUUUCAAGAAGACCAUCGGCAACGUGCCUAUCACCAGGCUCCUCUCCGACAUGUACAAAUCCAGCGACAUAUGA